UCACUGCAUCGGGUCCAUCUGUACAACUAACUCUCUCUCUCUCUCUCUCUCUCUCUCUCUCUCUCUCUCUCUCUCUCUCUCUCUCUCUCUCUCUCUCUCUCUCUCUCUGUCUUUCUCUCUCUCCCCUCCUCCUCCUCCUCCUUCUUUCUCUCUCUCCCCUUCUCUCUACAAGACACACUAAGGAAAACCAUCGACUCCUGACAUGGAAAUACAAUAGACACUUAGGGGUAGGGGGAGGCCAGAAUCGAUUUUAUCUUUAUCCUUUUCGGGUAUCCUUGGUUUGGGGAUUAUAUUCUGACCUUAUUCCUGCUAUGGAGGAUACCAGUGUCCAAAGAGGAGUCUGGGAUGGAGACGCAAAAGCAGUUCAGCAGUGUCUGACAGAUAUUUUUACCAGCGUUUACACCACCUGCGACAUCCCAGAAAACGCGAUAUUCGGUCCUUGUGUUCUAAGCCACACUUCCUUGUACGACAGCAUAGCGUUUAUAGCUCUCAAGUCCACGGACAAGAGAACGGUUCCUUAUAUAUUCCGGGUGGACACCUCAGCAGCCAAUGGCUCCUCGGAAGGUCUGAUGUGGCUUCGUUUGGUUCAGUCUGCUAGGGAUAAAGAAGAACAGAACCUAGAAGCCUACAUAAAAAAUGGCCAGUUGUUUUACCGAUCCCUGAGGAGGAUUGCCAAAGACGAGGAGUUGCUUGUCUGGUAUGGGAAGGACCUUACUGACCUUCUUUUGCUCUGCUCUUCGAGGUCCCACAGCAAAAUGAACGGAUCUCCCCCUUACACAUGCCUGGACUGCAGCCAACGUUUCCAGUUCGAGUUCCCCUAUGUGGCGCACCUGCGCUUUCGCUGCCCCAAAAGACUACACAGCGCUGACACAAGCUCUCACAAUGAGCAGGACGGCGGAGGUUGCACAAAGGAACACAACGGAGGAGGUGGAGGCUGUGGCGACAGCGGCGGCGGAGGAGGCGGUGGUGGCAGCGUGGCCAAGGACCAACCGCAGCCAGAGGCUACUUUGGGACCCGGACCUAAGUAUUGCAAACCACCCGCCAUUCCCAUCCACCACUACCAGACAUCCCAAGACAGCAGCAACACGUCUGCCCCGGGCGCAGGGAGCGGCAUCAAACCGUCUACGGACUUCCACAACCUUGCCCGAGAGCUGGAAAACUCCCGUGGGGGCCGCAGCUGCUCUCCUCCCCGAAGUCUCAGCAGCCGAGGAAGCAGCCACCAGGAGGUGGAGCUGAGUCCAAACAGUACCGCCACCUGCGCCCUGCAUCCCGCCACGCCGACCGCAGGGAGCGGGAGUGUAGGUGGCAGCGGCAGCAAAGCAAAGAGAAAGUACCCAGACGAGCUGGAGGAGGGCAGUCGUGGCGGGGUGGGAUUGGUGGGGAGCCGAGGCCGCUUUGCUGAGCGACCCCAGCCGUCCUCCAAGGAGGACCUGGUGUGCACCCCGCAGCAGCAGUACCGCACGACGGGUAGCUACUUCGGCCUGGAGGAAAACGGCCGUCUCUUCGCUCCACCCAGUCCAGAGACUGGCGAGGCCAAACGCAGCGCCUUCGUGGAAGUGAAAAAGGCCUCCAGGGUCGUCGGAGGAGCUUCGGGGCUUUUGCAGGAGGAAGAGGAAGUAGCGGAAGGAGCUACGAGCGCUGGCGAGGAUAAGGAUCUUGGCACAGCAGCCGGGGGCGUAGCCAGUAAUACGUCUUCACCUGCUACUUCCUCCUCCUCUUCUUCGCCAUCGGGGUCGGAGAAACUCCUAGGACCGCGACCGGGGGGCCCGCUGUCAGCACGACUCGAGGGAGCCAGCCCGGCCCGGGGCAGCGCCUUCACCACGGUGCCACAGCUGGGUAGCAGCGGGAGCGCGGGAGGUGGAGGAGGGUCGGGUGCCAGCGCAGGGGCAGUCCCGGGCGCAGUGGCUGACGAACGCAAAAGCGCCUUCUCGCAGCCCGCGCGAACCUUCUCCCAAAUGCCUCCCUUAGUUUUGGGCCAGAAGCUGGGCUCGAUGGAACCAUGCCACCCCGGGGACGGCGUGGGCCCCACUAGACUGUAUCCUGCUGAUCCUCUGGCAGUGAAACUUCAGAGCGCGGCUGCGGACCUAAAUGGGGCCUGCGCGCCAUUGCAGAAUGGUGGGGGCCUCCCCAAACAGAGUCCUUUCUUGUACGCCACCACCUUCUGGCCAAAAAGCUCCGCGGCUGCCGCGGCAGCAGCCGCUGCCGCAGCUGGCCCCCUGCAGCUGCAGCUGCCUUCGGCGCUUACGCUGCUGCCUCCAUCCUUCACAUCUCUCUGCCUCCCCGCGCAGAACUGGUGCGCCAAAUGCAACGCCUCCUUCCGCAUGACUUCCGACCUGGUGUACCACAUGCGGUCACACCACAAAAAGGAGUAUGCCAUGGAGCCUUUGGUGAAGAGGCGGCGAGAGGAGAAACUCAAGUGCCCCAUUUGCAACGAAUCCUUCAGGGAGCGCCACCACUUAUCCAGGCACAUGACCUCUCAUAAUUGAAAUGAAAUGGAAGAACCCGUCAUCAAGAUCUCAACGCACACGACAAAAACCAGCUGCAGGAAUGAAAUUCACCCCCUACAUAUUCUGCCUCACUUCUUUCCCAAACUCACUCUCUCCUGUCUAUCUGUCUUGGUCUCUCCGUCUCUGUUUCUGUCUCUGUCUCUGUCUCUCUCUGCCUGUCUGUCCCUCUCCUCUUUCUCUCUGCCUCUGCCCUUCCACCUCCCUCUCUUUCUCUCUCUCACACACUCACGCGCACGCACACAGUGUAGGGCAAAAGGGCCACCUAAAGGGACUCAGAGACUUAACUUGCCAUUCCGAUGUUUACUUGCACAAAACCACACCCACAUAUAUACAUCUGAGUCAGAGAGGGUGGUGGGUUUUUAUUGGGGGGGGUUGUUUUGUUUUGUGGGGUUUUUUUAAUGCACGCAUUUUCACUCCCCCAAAAUACAUUUUUAAAAUGUCAUAUAUUGCAACAUAUUGAUGCAUUUGUCAUACGUUUCUACUUAAAUUAUUAAGCAUUUACACAAUUUAGAUGUAAUAAUUAUAUGUAAGGGCAAAUUUUUAUUUUAGAUAUAAAGUGCACAAAGAAGAAUGCAAGGCUUCUGCAUUACACAAUUACAGUUUUGUGUUCUUACAAAGCAAACAAGGAAAACUAAUUUGAAAAAUGGGGAGGGGGGAUUGGUUUAAGUUUCCAGGGGAAAAUGCAUGUAUCAUGAAAUAGUUACACGACUUCCAUGAAGAAUGUCACCAAUUCUGUAAAUAUUUAUUUCCUUUUAAUACAAAGUGUAAUUUUGUGCCAGUGAAAUGAAGUAUGCAUAGUUAUGUGUUUCUUUUUCCCCCUUCCAAAGAUUUAUCAAACUUUAUAGUUUAUCUGGGUAUGUUGGAUGCUUUGACAAUAAAUGACUAUUUUCUUCAAAGCA